AUGUACAUUGCCAAUAGAUUGGGAGAAAUUGACGAGUUAACUCGAAUACAUGAAUGGCGCUAUGUACCGACUAAGCUAAACAUAGCAGAUAUAGCCACACGAGAAAACUACGAUUGCUCGGUGUUACAAGAUGAGUGGCUACAGGGACCUACCUUCUUGUAUAAGCAUCCGGAAUAUUGGCCGCUAGAUGUCGUUGAACCUGCGAACAAAGAGUUAUUAGAAUGUGUAACAGUAAUUGAUAACACCAUAGAAACCUGUACCUUACCUGUACCUGAACCUUCACGCUUCUCUUCAUGGCUACGCUUGCUACGAACAACAAGUCGAGUACUUACCUUUGUUGAUAACAUUAUCAAGGCCAUCAAUAAGAGAAAACAGAUAGCUUCUACCUAUAAUCUGAAUGACGACGUGAUGGACAGGGCUGAACGCUUGCUAAUAAAGCACUCACAAGCUUUAUCAUUUGGAAAAGAGAUUAAGCUACUUCAAGCGUCUAUGCCACUACCUACUUCGAGUAAGCUACUUACGUUAUCUCCGUACCUAGAUGAGCACGGAGUCCUGCGAUGCGGAGGCCGCAUCAACGCUGCUCCUGAAAUAACUCCAGAUGUUAAACAACCUGUUAUACUAGAUGGUCGCAGUCACAUUACUCAGCUGAUUGUGAAGCAUUAUCACCAAAGAGCUUUCCACGGCCACCAGGAGAUGGUGGUUAAUGAGCUGGAACAGAAAUACUGGAUUGUACGUAUUAGACCUACUGUUAAACAUGUUAUUUCAAAAUGCAUGCUGUGCAGAAUCAGGCGUGCACAGCCUCGACCUCCUCGAAUGGGAGACUUACCUGAGGGACGAUUGGCGCAUCAUCAGCGUCCCUUUACCCACACUGGAGUGGACCUGUUCGGACCUAUGGAAGUGACCAUAGGGCGCCGCCGAGAAAAAAGGUACGGCGUGUUGUCUACCUGUCUCACUGUGAGGGCUAUACAUGUUGAGCUCGUAGGAAGCCUUACUACCGAUGACGUCAUAAUGGCUCUCCGACGAAUGGCAGCCAGACGCGGGUGGCCGCGACACCUUUACUCGGAUAAUGGUACUAAUCUGAGAGGCGCCGACAAGGAGUUGAAGAAGUGUGUCUCCGAAUUGGAUGAGAAACUCUUAGCUGACGGAGUACAGAGUUACAGCAUGACCACUACAUGGACAUUUUCCCCCCCUGCCAGCCCACAUUGGGGUGGGGCAUGGGAGCGACUCAUUCGCUGCGUGAAAAACGCACUGAAAGUCGUGCUGAAAGAGCGAGCACCUCGAGACACUGUUCUACAAACUCUCAUGACAGAGGUUGAAGUGAUGGUAAAUAGUCGGCCCCUCACCCAUGUGAGCGUUGAGCCGAACACUGACGAGACAUUAACACCCAAUCAUUUCCUCCUUGGCUCAUCCUCAAACCUACCGACUAUGGGCACUUUUGAUGAGUCAGAUACAUUCUUGCGCAAACAGUGGAGGAUUGCUCAGCAGCUGGCUGACUCAUUCUGGCGACGGUGGGUGAAGGAGGUGCUGCCGGACAUGCGUCCGCGAAAGAAGUGGCAGCAGGAGCAGAGGCCCUUACAAGUGGGUGACCUCGUUUUUAAUUGUCGAUCCCGCAUCCCCACGAAACGUUUUGGCCACGCGGCAUAA